AUGUCGGUACUAAAUGCAACCUUGGUAAAACAGGACGUGGUGUCAGUGCAUGAAAACUAUUUCGAGUUGUUUGUCCGCAAAUACGGAGAGGUGCAUGGCUAUGUAAGUAUGGUCGUUUGCAUCUUUGGUGCGAUAUCUAACAUACUGAAUGUGAUAGUGUUAACAAGGCGACACAUGAUAACUCCGACAAAUUGCAUACUGACAGCGUUGGCCAUUCGAGAUUUUCUGACCACGCUGACGUAUCUCGUACAUAGGUUACAACUUCAGCGGAUACCGGUUUAUCGAAUCCCAUCUGGUGGAAAAACACAGUUUCUACAAGUCGUUCAAUUCUGGUUCUACGGUGUCAUUAUGAAGGUGGUGCCAUGCAUUUGCCUGAUAUUGCUAAGCACCAUGGUCAUACUGGCGAUGCACCAGGCCAGCAAGCGGAGAGUCCGUCUACUGCAGCCGACACGGCCCUCGGACCACGAUGCAAACCACGAGCACACCAGGACCACCUGGAUGCUUGUCUCCGUCGCCAUGUUCUCCGCAUGGCAUUUUAGUUAUGUCUAUUCAAAACUAAAUGAUGUAAUUGAUAUUUUUAUAUUACUCAACUCUGCGGUUAAUUUGGUUCUUUACUAUAUAACGGGCGACUGCUGGAAAGGGAACCAGUGCGACACCUGCCUGGCCGGCCCUAACAAAGGCUAUGUCGGCAAAAUCAACGGGAUAUCGGUCUGCUGUGCAACCUAA